AUGUGGCACAGCUGGCGCAGCAAGGCCAUCACCUGGCAAGCCUUGGGAGACCCCUUAUUUGAUCUUGCACAUGAGGUCGAUGGUGGUGCCAGCAACAAUGCUCCCAGUCCCUCAACAAGCAUGGAUGGUGAUGCUUUGGAGAAGGGGAAAGGGAAGGCUAGGGAAGUGGACCCGGAGCCAGCGAGGGAGAAGCCAAGAGAGCAGGAAGUGGAAGGUUCCAUGGAUGUCAAAGCCACUCCUGAAGUCGGCAAUAAAGACUCAGAAGAGGGGGACAUCGAGGCAGGAACGGAAAUUGAGGGAGUCCAGGUUUCCCCCGCCCAACUACCAAGACCCUCCAGGCCUCCCCGAUCACAUGGCUUGCUGAAGAAGGCCCCAUUUGGCCCUGGCAUGACACCUCCGCUCAUGUGCCCGGAUGUCCUCAAAUUGUCUGAAGUGACUUCUGUGUUAUGA